CAGCACAAUCAAAAAUAAUGAGUAUAAUUGAUUUAAACAGAAGAGAUCAACCUUCAACUCAUUUCUUGGCAAUAAAUCUAGUAUCAGAUGAUCUCAAAGAAUCUUUUAAUUUAUUUAAAAAUAAAGUUAUCCAACUUAAUUUUAGAGUAGAGGCAUUGAAAAUAGUAUCUUUCAGUUUCCUGAAAGAUUACAUCUCACACUUUGCAUGUUACAGUUUCUAAAUGAUCUGGAACUAUCUAACACUUUGGAAUCGAUAACACAAAUAACAAAAGACUUAUACAGCAAGCACUUCUGCAAUGGAGAAAAGCUUUGUAUCCACUUAAAAGGUCUUGAAUAUAUGAAUGAUGACCCUAGUGAAGUAGAUGUUUUAUAUGCUAAAGUUGAAGAUAGUACGAAGAGAAUUCAAAAUUUUGUUGAUGAAUUAGUUAAAACUUUAUCAUCAUUUCCAUGUGUGAGAAAAGAAAAGGAAAGUGUGAAACUCCAUGCCACUCUUAUGAAUACUAUAUUUCGCUUAGACGAUACUAACAAUUGUACUAAUUUUGAUAAGCCAAACAAGUGUGGUAAAAAGCAAAGAGUUACUUUUGAUGCUCGUGACAUUUUUGAAAGCUUUGAAGAUUUUGACUUUGCAAGAAUACCUGUUAAUUCUAUUGACAUAAACGUGCGAGGUAGGUUUGAAUCGAAUGGUUUGUAUCGCAAAAGUGCCGCAAUAUCUUUAGUGUGACAAAUCAAAAUGGUUUCAGUGUUUUAUUUUAAAAAAUGACGAUUAAAUUGGUUUAAUCGUGUAAUAUUCAAGCAAUUUUUACUUUGCAUUAUGUAAAAUUUAACACAAAAAAUUUCUAGCUAUUAAUAAUAAAAAAUCAAUACAAAUUUGAACGGCCUGUAAACAGGUUGUUCUAAAGAUAAAAAUAAAUUUAAAACAACUCAUUUUAAAGCUUUUGUAUUUGUUUCAAAUAGCAAGUUAAUUAACAGGUGUAAAAUCGUUUAGUUGUAAACAAAAAAUCAUUAUUGUGUUGGUUGAA